AUGUCUUUGGUCAAUAAAGUAGCCACUUUAGCUCUGUUUAUAGCGUUGACCACGAUGAUCAAUGUAGUUUUCGGGAGAUUCAUCGUUGAGAAGAGCAGCAUCAAGAUCUUAAGACCAGUGGCAAUGCGGUCGAAAUACAACGCAGCCAUCGCUAACUUUGGUGUUCCUAACUACGGUGGUUACAUGAUCGGCUCUGUCGUCUACGCCGGUCAAGGAGCUUUUGGAUGCGACUCUUUUGGCACAACUUUCAAACCCAAGUUCCCUCGUCCUACCAUCUUAAUCAUCGAUCGUGGAGAGUGCUACUUUGCAUUAAAGGUAUGGAACGGUCAAAAAUCCGGUGCAGCAGCAGUUCUAAUAGCAGAUAUCUUGGACGAGCCAUUAAUAACAAUGGAUUCACCUGAAGAAUCCAAAGAAGCUGAUGACUUCAUAGAGAAACUCAGCAUUCCAUCUGCUUUGAUCAACCUUUCUUUCGCCAAUACCCUCAAGCAAGCUCUUAAAAAAGGAGAGGAAGUAGUCCUGAAGAUAGACUGGAGCAAGUCGUUGCCUCAUCCGGACGAGAGAGUCGAGUAUGAGCUGUGGACUAACACGAAUGACGAGUGUGGUGCAAGGUGUGAUGAGCAGAUGAAUUUCGUCAAGAACUUUAAAGGGCAUGCGCAGAUUCUCGAGAAAGGAGGAUACUCUUUGUUCACACCACAUUACAUUACAUCGUUUUGUCAAAGAUGUAUAAACCAAGGGAGGUAUUGUGCUCCUGACCCUGAAAAAGACUUUGGAGAUGGGUACGAUGGGAAGGACAUUGUCUUCGAGAACUUGAGACAGUUAUGUGUUCAUAGAGUGGGGAAAGAGAUUAACAGGUCUUGGGUUUGGUGGGACUAUGUGACUGAUUUUCACAUCAGGUGUUCAAUGAAGGAGAAGAAGUAUAGCAAAGAAUGUGCAGAGAGUGUUGUGGAAUCUCUCGCUGAGCAAGCACGUCAGGUAGGACAAGGAGACCGUGGGGUUGUCACAAUCUUGCCAACAUUGAUCAUCAACAAUGCUCAAUACCGGGGUAAACCCGAAGCGAAAUGCGGUAUUAAAGGCUAUAUGUUCAGGCUUCAAGGAGAGAACGGAACCCAGGAUCUGUCUAAGUGGAGGUUAAACCAUUUCCUCAAGUAA